AUGGAAUCAUGUGGAAAUCCGUUAUACCUUCAAUGGGUAAACGAAUGGAUGCAAGAAGCAAAAGAAAAAAAUCAUAAAUCUUAUAACAUUUUUAAAACAGCAUAUAACUCAUUAUUAUCAUGUCCCAUAACAUUUUCAGAACCAAGAGAAGCAAAAAAACUAAAAGGAAUAGGAAACAUUAUAUGUGGACGUAUAGAAAAACGAUUAAAAGAAUAUCAACAAUCUCAUGUAAAUAAAAAUACGGAGGAUCAAAAUAAUACCAAAGAAAUUGAUAUUAAUUCUAAUUUACACUUAAAUCCAAUAACACAAAAUUCUCAACAAAAAGGGAAUAAAACACGAACACAAAAAACAUAUAUACCUGGAUAUGGAUCCAAACCUUUUGCAAUACUUAUUGCCUUAUUUAAGUUUAAUGAAGACACAUCUGUUUCAAAAGAUGAAAUAUUAAAUAUUGCAAAACAUUAUUAUGAUACCAGUGAUCACAAAAAUAUAUAUUCAUUAUGGUACGGAAUGAAAAUUUUACUAGAAAAAGAAUAUGUAUAUAAAACUGUCAACCCAACUAGGUACUAUCUUACUGAUUAUGGAAGAGAAAUAGCUACCGUUAUUUCUAACAUAACAUUUUCAAAAGAAAAAAUAACAGAAAAUAGCAAUUAUUUAUUAUAUAAGAAAAAUAUUAAACAAAAUUUUAUUAACAAAGAAAACACCAUUAAACAAUCUCACAUAUCAAAGAAAUUUAGAAAACAAAAAAACGAAUAUCAUGAUAAAAUGUAUCUAACUAAAGUUUCAAAUCAAAUUACAAAAAUUACUGCAAAACAAUCACCAGAAAAUACUCCAAGCACAUUUAUGCAAAAUAUAGCCGUAGACUCCAAAAUAAUUCAACAAAAUUCAUAUUCUAUUAUAUUAUUAUUGGAUUUACGAGAAAUGAAGACAGAAAAAGAUAAAGAAUUUAUCCAGAAUCGUCUAAAAGAAGAAUCUAUCAAUUUUGAGUUUAGAACACUAGAAUUAGGAGACAUUUUAUGGAUUGCAAGAUGCAAUAUAACUAAAAAAGAUUACAUUUUAGAUUUUAUUAUUGAAAGAAAAAAAUUAAGUGAUCUUGCAAGUAGCAUCAAAGAUGGAAGAUUUCAUGAGCAAAAGUUUCGUCUUUCUAAAUCAGGAUUAAAACAUGUUAUAUAUCUCAUCGAGAAUUACAAUUAUAAUUCAACUGACUUACAAAUAGAAACCAUACAGUCGGCUAUUUCAAGUACCCAAGUUAUUAAUGGUUUUUUUGUAAAAAGAGUUGCAGGAUUAACAGAGACAAUCAAAUAUAUAUCAAGGCUUACAAGAUAUAUACUAUAUACAUAUCAGACUCAAGAUCUAUACAUUAUCCCUAGCUAUCAUAUCAAUUCACAAACAUAUAUAAUUCAAAAAAAUAAAAUAAAUUUAAUUUAUCCAGAACGUUCCUACGUUAUCGAAUAUAGUACAUUUUCAGAUUUUUUAUCAAAAACAACAUCACUAACAUUAGGCGAUUUAUUUCUUAAAAUGCUGUUAACAAUCAAAGGAGUAAGCCCGGAAAAAGCAAUUGAAAUACAAAAACAUUUUCCAACCCUAAGUGAUUUAUUAACAUCAUAUUCUAAGGAGACAUCAGAGUAUCAACGAGAAAUCAUGAUAGCAAAAAAAUGCGUAAAUUAUGGUAGAAAAAAUAUAUCCUAUUCAUUAUCUUCAAAAAUAUACAAGAUAUUCCAAUAA